AUGGAGAGUUCCGAACAUAAGAUGGAGGAGCCCAGAUUGGACUCAACCCUGUGGGGUGGUGCUCCCCAGUACAUCUAUGUCCACUUUGAGAAGUGCACCAGUUACGGGAUCCCGUCGGAGGCAGGGUGUCUCAAACAUCAAGCCCAAGAGGAACUGUGGCCACAUCACACUGCUAGUUGAACCUGGAUAUUUGGCCUGCAUAAGGAGCAGUUCAACUAUAGGCUGAGGAACAGACAGAGCCCCCAGAAACGGGACAGCCAGACAGAGGUCAAAGAGGAGCGGUACUCCAAAUGCCAAGACUGUGCUAGACACAUUCAGAAAUAUGUUACCAAGAAGCUUGGAGAAGACUGGAUAUUCCUGGUUCUGUUGGGUCUGGUCAUGGCGCUGGUGAGCUGGGGAAUGGAUUAUGCCAGCGCCAAGAGCCUGCAGGCUUACAAGUGGAUGUACAAGGAGCUGCACCCGAGUGUCCCUAUGCAGUACCUGGCCUGGGUCACCUACCCCCUCAUCCUCAUCCUCUUUGCUGCUGUCUUCUGCCACCUCGUCUCCCCACAGGCUGUUGGGUCUGGGAUUCCUGAGCUGAAGACAAUCAUGCGGGGAGUGGUCCUCAAGGAAUACCUCACACUCAAAGCUUUUGUGGCCAAAGUUGUAGGCCUGACAGCUGGGCUGGGGAGUGGCAUGCCUAUAGGGAAAGAGGGUCCCUUCGUGCACAUUGCCAGCAUCUGUGCUGCUGUGCUCAGCAAGUUCAUGUCAAUCUUCUGUGGUGUGUAUGAGCAGCCGUAUUAUUACACUGAUGUCCUGACUGUGGGCUGUGCUGUGGGGGUUGGCUGCUGCUUUGGGACACCACUUGGAGGGGUGCUCUUCAGCAUUGAGGUCACUUCCACCUACUUUGCUGUGCGCAAUUACUGGCGUGGUUUCUUCGCAGCCACGUUCAGUGCCUUCAUCUUCCGAGUGCUCGCCGUGUGGAACAAGGAUGCAGUCACCAUCACGGCCCUGUUCAGAACUAACUUUCGAAUGGAUUUCCCCUUUGAUCUGCAGGAGCUGCCAGCCUUUGCUGUGAUAGGGAUCUGUUGUGGGUUCCUUGGAGCCUUUUUCGUUUACCUCAAUCGCCAGGUGGUUCUGUGUGUCCGACGGCAUACGGCUCUGAGCCAAUUUCUCACCAAAUACCACCUUGUAUACCCAGGAGUAAUAACCUUCCUGAUAGCAACGGUGACCUUCCCGCCGGGGUUCGGGCAGUUCAUGGCUGGAGAGCUGAUGCCCAGGGAAGCCAUCAGCUCCCUGUUUGAUAAUUACACCUGGGCAAAGCACAUGGGGGACCCACAAAUCCUAGGGAAAUCUGCCAUCUGGAUCCACCCCAAAGUCAGUGUCUUUGUUAUCAUCCUGCUCUUCUUCGUCAUGAAGUUCUGGAUGUCUGUCGUCGCCACUACCAUGCCGAUACCUUGUGGAGGCUUCAUGCCUGUUUUUGUACUGGGGGCUGCAUUUGGCCGUCUCGUUGGUGAAAUCAUGGCAUCACUCUUCCCUGAUGGGAUCCUCUUUGAUGGCAUUGUUUACAAAAUCUUACCUGGAGGAUACGCCGUCAUUGGUGCAGCAGCCCUGACAGGAGCAGUGAGCCACACCGUCUCCACAGCAGUGAUCUGCUUUGAGUUGACGGGUCAGAUCUCCCACAUCCUGCCCAUGAUGGUCGCUGUCAUCCUUGCCAACAUGGUGGCUCAGAGUUUGCAGCCCAGUCUCUAUGACAGCAUCAUCCAGGUGAAGAAGCUGCCUUACCUGCCUGACCUGGGCUGGAAUUACAUAAGCAAAUACAAUAUCUUUGUUGAGGAUAUUAUGGUCUGUGAUGUGAAAUUCAUCUCCUCUACUUGUACAUACCAGGACCUGCAGACCCUGCUUCAGAGCACAACUGUCAAGACCUUGCCUCUAGUGGAUUCACCAGAGUCCAUGAUCCUGCUGGGCUCAGUAGAGCGGUCGGAGCUGCAGGCCCUUCUCCAGAGGCAUAUUGGCCAGGAGCGGCGCCUGCGCAUCAUCAAAGAGAUGGAGCAGAAGCUGGCUGAGGCGCCCUACGAUGGGCACAGCAAAGGCCAGUGGGCAGCCAUGCCCAGUUGGAAGCGCGAAUCUUUUGCUUUCGUGGAUGAGGAUGAGGAUGAAGAGGAGAAGGCUGAGGAGUAUGUAGAGGUUAUAGAUACAAUGAAGCCAGAGGAGAUAGAUGCAUGGAAGCAGGACGAGCUGAAUAAGGAGGUGUGCUUUGACAGCUGCCGCAUAGACCCCUCCCCUUUUCAGCUAGUGGAGAGGACUUCCCUGCACAAGACACACACCUUGUUCUCCUUGCUGGGCCUCAGCCAUGCCUAUGUGACCAGUAAGGGGAAGCUGAAGGGAGUGCUGGCAUUGGAAGAGCUCCAGAAGGCAAUUGAGGGCUCCACGCGCUCUGGCGUCCGCCUCCGUCCGCCCCUCGCCAGCUUCCGAGACACCAAUCGGACCUCGGUCAGCAAUGAGCAGAGUAGCCAGGUUUCACAGGUGUGGAGCCGGCAGGACAGCUGUGUGGUGCCUGUGAGAGGAGCUGCGGACUCAGGGAUGGGGAGCCCACUGCCCUCCAGCUCCCCCUCCCCACAGCCCCCGCCCUUCCCUGAGGAGGGGAAGGGGCUGCACUCUGUCUCAGCUGCUGACGCUGAGCUGGAGGAAAUGGAGCUGUCUGGCCCUGCUGCUGAGAACAUCUCAGACAUCCUCAAGGACCUGAGCCUGCGCUCCACGGACCUGGAGGAGGACGAUGAAGAGGAUGUGCCCCUAUAA